UGACUUUUAUCUUUUACCGGAUCGAGAAGGGGAGGAGGCGCGCAGAACACGAGUUAUUCUCGCUGCGGCACCGAGCCUGUUUACCGUGCGGCGCAGUAGCCAGCGGCGCAACUGGGGGAAAAAAAAGGCUGCGACGCGCGUGAAAUCGGGUCCCGCGGCCACGACGCCGUAAAAGCAUCCGACAAGCGAUCAGCCGCCGCCAGGUCGCCUCGCCGCAGCAGCCUCUCCUCCGCCGGACAUGAAAGUGCAGCAGGGCUGCCACUCGUCGAACAUGGGCAUCCCCGUCACCACCGAGGAAGAAUUGCGCAGAAAUACCGUAAUAACGCCCGACGACGUGCUCGGGCUGCAGAAGAUCACCAAGAAUUAUCUUUGUUCUCCAGAAGAAAAUGUCCACAUGAUCGACUUCACCAGGUUUAAGAUCCGUGACAUGGAAACAGGGACGGUCCUGUUUGAGAUUACUAAACCUCCAACAGAAGGCAGAAAACAAUGCGACCCAAACGCCGGGCGCUUUGUCCGAUACCAGUUCACCCCGGCCUUCCUGCAGUUGCGGCAGGUCGGAGCCACAGUUGAGUUCACGGUGGGAGACACACCCAUCAACAACUUCCGCAUGAUCGAGAGACACUACUUCCGCGAUCAGCUGCUGAAGAGCUUUGAUUUUGAAUUUGGCUUCUGCAUGCCCAGCAGCAAGAACACGUGUGAGCACAUCUACGAGUUCCCCCCGCUGUCAGAGGACAUCAUGCGCGAGAUGAUCCUAAAUCCUUACGAGACGCAGUCUGACAGCUUCUACUUUGUGGACAACAAGCUGGUGAUGCACAACAAGGCAGACUAUUCCUACAGUGGGGGGCCAUAAGAAGACCACCAUCCACCCCUCAGCCCUCCAUAUAGUCUAGAGAUUAUACAUGACAUGUACCUCUUCAGGACCAGAAACAGAUGAACUGAUGGACAAUUCAUUGGCAUUAAAUGCUCUUGUCUCCCUACUGUUAGCUGCUUCAUUUCCCAUUCAGGUAUUCAGCUGCCAGACCAAUAGAUUUCUCCCUUUGCCUCUUUGCAGGAACAUCGAAUUCUGCCAGUUUUAUCAUCAAUGUGUGUGAGCGAGUGUGUGGGCAGCUAAGUGUCUGUACAUAAUGUUGAUUUCAGCCUGUGUAUGUGGGUUCCACUUGAUCAUCAACAAGACGUUACAUUCUGUGUGUUUUAAUGGCUAAAACAACGAACAGAGAAAGGCAACAGUGAGUCAGAGACACUUCAUGAAACAUAAAGAGAAAUUAAGAUACCCUAACAAAGUUUAAUAAUAAGUAUUCCAUUCAGAUGUACAUUUAUAUAGUUUGUAUAGGAGGCUCAUUACAUUUGUACUCAAGAAGUUUCUUAAAUUUGUAGUAGCACACAUCCGAAUGACUCAUUCUGUCAUUGUUCAUUUGAACGACCAACAGAAAUAUGAACUUUGUCAAUGUGUCAUUUGUUCUCAUGUAGUUCUACCAGCCUACUUAAGGAGUAUUUUUUAAAUUAAUACCCAUUUUGAAGUGUCGGAAAAUCAAUACCAUACCAAUUUUGAUAUCCAGUACGUUCCCUGUAGUACUGAACACACCAUGAAUGUUGUAAGUACAAAAUUAAGAACUAUGUAAAGUUUUGACAGCGGAAAUUCCAUUACUGCAAUAAAUAUUUUUUCCAAGUCUUGA